AUGGUUUCUUUCUUUGGCAAGCUUAACGCGAAGAGGGAUAGUAGAGAUGGUACUAUGUCCAAAGAGCUGUUGUCACAUUCUGUAGCCAGGACGAGGAACAAGGCAUCCAGAUCAGAAAGACCUACGUCGGAACAAUCUUUAGCCGCUAAGGUAAAAGACGGGGAGUGUCCAAACAGCAAGGGCAAGAAAAAGAUCUCUUCAAAGUGCUCAACGGAAGAAGAGAACACGCCUGAUCUUGUUUCACUUGACUGUCUCUGUUGUGGUGUCCCGCUACGGUUCCCAGCCUCUAUUAAAAAAUUCCGAUGUAGUGCGUGUCAAGUAACCGUUACUAUGAAGGAGCCUGCAAUUAGUAGUGAUAUGGAAUCUGGUGCGCAUAUUUCGUGCACUUUAGAGGGCUUGCAAAAGGUAGUAAGCAGAUGCCAUGAUGAUUUGCAAAGACUUAAGAAAACUGGAAUACUGGAUAAAGAGAAAAAGGUGCUGAUUUUCGAGCCAGUGAUAACGUAUUUAUUGAACAGGUUUCAUGACGUCAAUGUUUUAAAUAGGUCAUUUUUGAUUUACGAUGCCGGUAGAAAUGUAAAAAUGCUAAACUAUGAGGCUUUGCAAAAAUUUUUCUGCAUAUUAUCCACACUACCUACAAGGAAACCGUAUUACAGCAUGCUGUGCUGCUGCAACGAUCUAUUGAAAAGGGUGACUGUUCAGAAGGGAGAAAUUCUGCAAGUAUCUCAGUAUCGUUGGUUGCUGAUUAUAUUCAAUAUACCCACAAUACGAAGUUGUCUUAUCAGAGAUCGGAAGGGCAAAAACGUGUUUGAAACUCCACAGAUAAGGGCGGUGUCUUAUGAGUUAGUCAAACGAUGUAUUGGCUAUUUGUCUAACCUAUCGGCUACCACGUCUCAACAAAUGAUUCAGUCAUUACGGCGAACGCCUACGGGUGAUUUCUCAUACCAGGUGGAGAUUUUGAACUUAUACAUCACUUUCCAAUUUUCUAGGCUAAUUUCAAGCGAAUUAUCAAAUGGAACUGCAAACAAUAACAUAAAGCCUGAAGACGAGAUGCGGUCUCGUCUUCGUCGACAUCACACUACUGGUCAUGAAUUCCUGAAUGCUAGACCCAUAAGUGCGAUCUUGGAUGAAAAGAGGGAAUCCGAUUUUACGCAUCCUGCCAACACUAAAAUGAGAUUCAAGUUUUUUCAAUAUGAAAAUGAUUGGCACAUUCAAUCUGCGGCAAAGUUAAUGUUUGUCUAUUAUGUAGCAAAUUCAAGAAGGAACUGUCAUAGAGCCUUGUCGAUUCAAAACUUUUACAAUAUAACAUUAGAUUUUAUUGAUUUUAAACAGGAUUUCGAUCAUUGGAGAGGAGUCGCUCAAAAGACGAAAAUAAAUCAAUUGAUAGAAGAAUGGGGAAGCCCCAGAGUAAAGAAAAAGUUUUCAUUUUGUAAGUACCCAUUUAUAUUGUCACUCGGUAUUAAAAUCUCUAUCAUGGAAUAUGAAGUUCGUAGAAUCAUGGAACAUGAAGCUGAGCAAGCUUUCCUAACAUCGUUGGAUAAAGGCAAGUCAGUGGACGUUUAUUUCAAAAUCAAAGUACGGCGUGAAGUUAUAUCUCACGAUUCGUUAAGAUGUAUUAAGGAACAUCAAGGCGAUUUAUUAAAAUCAUUAAGGAUAGAGUUUGUUGAUGAACCUGGAAUUGACGCAGGCGGGUUGAGAAAAGAAUGGUUCUUCCUAUUAACAAAAUCACUUUUCAAUCCAAUGAAUGGUUUAUUCAUUCACAUAAAGGAAAGUUCACGUUCAUGGUUUGCCAUCGAUCCGCCAAAUUUUGAUAAAUCCAAAAAAAAUAAUCCACAAUUAGAACUAUACUAUCUUUUUGGCGUUGUUAUGGCGUUAGCGAUUUUCAACAGUACCAUAUUAGAUUUACAAUUUCCCAAGGCGUUUUAUAAAAAACUCUGCACAGAACCUUUAAGUUUUGAAGAUUAUGCCGAGUUGUUUCCGGAGACAAGUCGAAACUUGAUCAAAAUGCUCAACUAUACAAAGGAUGAUUUCCAAGAAGUCUUUUCCUUGACCUUCGAAACUACAUAUCGAAAUAACAACUGGAUCUUAAAUGAUAGUAAAUCUAGCAAAGAGUAUGUAACGGUGGAAUUGUGCGAGAAUGGCAGAAAUGUCCCGAUAACUCAAAGCAACAAGCAUGAAUUUGUCACCAGGUGGGUAGAAUUCUAUUUAGAGAAUUCUAUUAAACCACAAUUCAACAAAUUCACUAUGGGUUUCAAAAGAGUUUUUGCACAAUGCAAUUCUAUAAAAUUAUUCAAUUCUGAAGAGCUUGAAAGGCUAGUGUGUGGAGAUGAAGAACAAACUAAGUUUGAUUUCAAGUCGUUAAGGUCCGUCACAAAAUAUGUGGGUGGAUUUUCUGAUGAUUCCAAAGUUGUUCGCUGGUUCUGGGAGAUCAUUGAAAGUUGGGAUUACCCAUUGCAGAAAAAAUUACUACAGUUCAUAACGGCAUCUGAUCGUAUACCUGCGACAGGUAUUACUACCAUCCCGUUCAAGAUUAGUCAACUGGGCUCACAUGAUAGUGACGAUUUGCCACUGGCACAUACAUGCUUUAAUGAACUAUGUUUAUGGGGCUAUUCCUCGAAAGAGAAACUGAAGCUAAAAUUGCUUUGGGCAAUUAAUGAAUCCGAAGGUUAUGGGUUCCGGUAG